AUGGCGCGAGGCAAUCAAACCUCUUUCUUUCUGGGCCUGUCCUUUGUGGCCUAUUUCAUUCUUCUUCUCUCGCCCCUGGCUUUCAUGCAGACUGUAAACGCAGAAGAUGCCCAGGACCCAAUACAAGAGAGCUAUGGAACUGUCAUCGGUAUUGAUCUUGGAACUACCUACUCCUGCGUCGGUGUGAUGCAGAAGGGCAAAGUCGAAAUACUUGUAAACGAUCAAGGACAUCGGAUAACACCUUCAUACGUCGCCUUUACCGAUGAUGAGAGAUUAGUCGGAGAUGCAGCCAAGAACCAGGCUGCUGCGAACCCAAAAAAUACGAUUUAUGAUAUCAAGCGAAUGAUCGGUCGCAAGUUUUCGGAUAAAGAUGUACAGGGUGACAUGAAGCACUUCCCAUUCAAUGUUGUUGAGAAGAGUGGCAAGCCCAAUGUUCAGGUCGUAGUCAAUGGAUCCCCCAAGACCUUCACCCCCGAGGAGGUCUCAGCCAUGAUUCUUGGAAAGAUGAAGGAGGUUGCAGAGUCGUAUCUUGGAAACAAGGUCACUCACGCAGUCGUCACUGUCCCAGCUUACUUCAACGACAACCAGAGACAGGCUACCAAGGAUGCAGGUGUCAUUGCCGGUCUCAACGUCCUCCGUAUUGUCAACGAACCUACUGCCGCAGCUAUUGCCUACGGUCUCGACAAGACUGAUGGAGAACGUCAAAUCAUUGUCUACGAUCUCGGUGGAGGAACUUUCGAUGUCUCCCUUCUGUCCAUUGAUCGUGGUGUAUUUGAGGUUCUUUCUACCGCUGGUGACACUCAUUUGGGUGGUGAAGAUUUCGACCAACGUAUCAUCAACUACUUCGCCAAGAAGUUCAACAAGGAGAACAGCGUCGACAUUACCAAGGAUCUCAAGACCAUGGGUAAACUAAAGCGUGAGGCCGAGAAAGCCAAGCGAACUCUGUCCUCCCAAAAGACUACCCGUAUCGAAAUCGAAGCUUUCCACAGCGGCAAGGACUUCUCCGAAACCCUCACCCGAGCCAAGUUCGAGGAGCUGAACAUGGAUCUCUUCAAGAAGACUUUGAAGCCAGUUGAGCAAGUUCUCAAGGACGCCAAGGUCAAGAAGGGUGAAGUUGACGAUAUCGUCUUGGUCGGAGGAUCCACCCGUAUCCCCAAGGUCGUCGAGCUCAUCGAAGAGUACUUUGGUGGCAAGAAGGCUAGCAAAGGUAUCAACCCUGACGAGGCUGUUGCAUUCGGUGCCGCUGUCCAAGGUGGUGUCUUGUCUGGUGAAGAAGGAACCGCCGAAAUCGUUCUCAUGGACGUAAACCCACUCACUCUUGGUAUUGAGACCACUGGCGGCGUCAUGACAAAGCUGAUUCCCCGCAACACCGUCAUCCCUACCCGAAAAUCUCAAAUAUUCUCCACCGCCGCCGAUAACCAGCCCGUAGUCCUGAUCCAGGUCUUCGAAGGUGAGCGCACUAUGACCAAGGACAACAACCAGCUUGGAAAAUUCGAACUCACCGGUAUCCCACCUGCGCCCCGCGGUGUUCCUCAAAUCGAAGUCUCGUUCGAACUUGACGCCAACGGAAUCCUGAAGGUUACAGCUGGUGAUAAGGGAACUGGAAACGAGAAGUCCAUCACCAUUACCAACGACAAGGGCCGUCUCACUCAAGAGGAAAUCGACCGUAUGGUUGAGGAAGCCGAGCAAUAUGCCGAUGAAGAUAAGGCUACCAAGGAGCGCAUCGAGUCCCGAAAUGGUCUCGAGAACUACGCUUUCAGCUUGAAGAACCAGGUCAAUGAUGAUGAGGGUCUUGGUGGCAAGAUCGAUGAGGAUGACAAGGAAGCUCUCUUGGACGCCGUCAAGGAAACCACCGAAUGGCUCGAGGAGAACGCUGCGACCGCCACAUCCGAAGACUUCGAGGAGCAAAAGGAGAAGCUCUCGAACGUUGCCUACCCUAUUACAUCGAAGCUAUACUCGGGCGGAGCUCCUGGUGGAGAUGCGGAUGAUGAGCCAGAUUCUCACGAUGAGUUGUAG